CCUGUUUCAAGACAACAGCCAUUCUAGCCAAGUGAUUUCUGUAAUCUCCCCCUAUGGGUGAGUUUUAGCUGAGAGUGAGCACACACUGAGCUCUCCUAACCAGGCAGAGCCGCCAGCACUGAGUGUGAACUUGAAUGAGAGCCUGAUUUCUUCAUCUUGCGCUUUAAUUAUACCGUUUUGCUGAGGAACAUGUCUAUCCUGAAGAUACAUGCUCGUGAGAUUUUUGAUUCGAGGGGCAACCCCACUGUAGAGGUGGACCUCUACACCGAGAGAGGUUUGUUUCGAGCUGCUGUGCCUAGUGGAGCAUCUACUGGAAUCUAUGAAGCACUGGAACUAAGAGACAACGAUAAGUCACGUUACCUGGGCAAAGGUGUAUCAAAGGCUGUUGAGCAUGUGAACCAAACUAUUGCACCUGCCCUGAUCAGCCAGGAAAUUCCUGUCGUUGAGCAAGAAAAGAUUGACCAGUUCAUGCUGGAACUGGACGGAACUGAUAACAAGUCUAAAUUUGGUGCCAAUGCCAUCCUGGGUGUGUCCCUGGCUGUGUGUAAGGCUGGAGCUGCGGAGAAAGGUGUUCCUCUGUAUCGUCACAUUGCUGACCUUGCUGGAAAUCCAGAGGUCAUCCUGCCUGUGCCGGCCUUUAAUGUGAUCAAUGGUGGCUCACAUGCUGGCAAUAAGUUGGCCAUGCAGGAAUUCAUGAUUCUGCCGGUCGGGGCCAGUAGCUUUAAGGAAGCCAUGCGCAUUGGUGCAGAGGUGUACCACAAUCUGAAGAAUGUUAUUAAGCAGAAAUAUGGCCAGGAUGCCACCAAUGUUGGGGAUGAGGGAGGAUUCGCACCAAACAUCCUGGAGAACCAAGAAGCCCUAGAGCUGCUGAAGAGUGCCAUCAGUAAAGCUGGAUACACAGAUGAGAUUGUGAUUGGCAUGGAUGUGGCAGCAUCUGAAUUCUAUCGUGACGGAAAAUACGACUUGGACUUCAAGUCUCCCGAUGACCCCAGUCGAUACAUCAGCCCCGAUGAGCUUGCUGACCUUUACAAAAGUUUCAUUCAGGAUUAUCCAGUGGUCUCGAUUGAAGACCCCUUUGAUCAAGAUGAUUGGGAGGCCUGGAGCAAUUUCACCAACAGCACGGACAUCCAGGUGGUGGGAGAUGAUCUCACUGUCACCAACCCCAAACGCAUUGCUAAUGCAGUGGAGAACAAGGCUUGCAACUGCCUGUUGCUCAAAGUCAACCAGAUCGGGAGUGUUACCGAAUCCCUGCAGGCAUGUAAGAUGGCCCAAUCCAGUGGCUGGGGUGUGAUGGUGAGCCAUCGCUCGGGGGAAACAGAGGACACGUUCAUUGCUGACCUGGUUGUGGGACUUUGCACUGGACAGAUUAAAACAGGAGCCCCCUGCCGUUCAGAGCGUCUGGCCAAAUACAACCAGAUCCUCAGAAUUGAAGAGGAACUGGGGGAUAAAGCUAUCUUUGCUGGGAAGAACUUCAGAAAUCCACUGAACUGAGACCAGCACAGUACAGUUAGAACUACUUAACCUCCUACUAAUAGUUCAGUUCAAGAUGUGGCAGACCAACAGAAAGCAGUAUGUGUUAUGACUAAUGAUUGGGUUGUUACUUGGACCGUAUCAUCUAGGAUACAGAAACAAAGCAUCAUAAACUUUGUGAUAGUGUUACAUAUACUUGUGCAAUGAUGAUGAUUGUAUUGCAAAGAAAGAGCAAACAGUAUUUUCCUGUAAAUGCUGCAUAGCAGAUUCCUGAGGUCUGUGCUUGCAAUAGUGGAUAUUGUUCAAAUAAAAACAUUACAUCAACUAA